AUUGUGACAGUUUUUAGAAAAGGCGAGUGGUAAGGAAGUGAUAAUAUCGACUUAGCUGUGAUUUACGCCGGCAUCAUGGAGAUCCGAGGAAAAACUUCUCUCGCCCUUCUCGUUUUCACGUUCAUCCAAACGGUGUUCACCCAGACGUUGGUGGAGCAGGACUUCGCCCCAGUAGUCACAGCCACCUGCAAAGCUGGCUUCAUGACUAUCAAAGUCGCCACCAACCAGACCUUUGUCGGUGCCCUGCACGCUAGGGACUACAGGACACCCUCCUGUAUAUCCUACGGUAACGGGACUCACCUGACCUCUCUGGUCAUCAACAUGCUGGCCAAUCAGGGCUCUCCAGACUACUGCGGCGUGUUCGUCAACAACAAGACGGAGGAGAGGUCGCUUCCAAUCGCCGUGAGGAUCCACAGGACCCUGGAGUUGGCAGACGACAAGUUGUACGUCAUCACCUGCGGAAAAGCUGGCUUCAAAAACGCCAGGAACGAGACGUCCUUGGUAUCUCUGAAAUUGCUGGAGAAGGGCAAGAGAGUCCAGGAGGUCUACUACAGUCGACCCUACACACUCAGGGCCGAUAUCUCCAGACCGGAUGGAACUUACGGAAUCCGAGUGAAAUCAUGUUUUGCCUUCAACAAAAGAAACAGCAGCGUUAUCUUGGUCGAUGACAGAGGGUGUGCCAACAAUAAACAAGUAAUCUCACAAUUUAAAUACAAUGAGAAACUCGGCUACGCAGAUGCCACGAUCUACUCCAUGUUCAGGUUUCCAGAUAGCUCAGAAGUUCAUCUACAGUGUGAUAUUGCAGUGUGUAAAGGUGUUUGUCCGGAGGUGAACUGUGAUGAUGAGUUGUCCCCGCUGGCUAGAGCCCAGCCCAAAGACAUCUACAGCGAGACACCAGAUGAAGGAGCCAUCAUGGCUUCCACCACAGUCUAUGUGCUACAGCCUGGAGAGGAGCCAUUGGUUCAAGAGCUGUGUGACGAAGGUACGAUCAGACCAUCAUGGCUGCUAUAUCUAUGCAUCGCGUUCGGCCUCAUGUUCCUCAUCAUGCUCAUCAUCAAUGUGUUCCUGUGCUCUGCCAUGACUUGCGCGUGUGCGCGGACAGAGGUCAUAGAGAAGGAGCCCAGCAUCAUCGAGGACUAUGAUCCGUACAGAAGUUGGCAUGGGUCACAGUAUGGCUCCAGGUACUCCCUGAAUGGAAAGCCAGGUUACGUAUCAGGAGGAUCGACGAUGAACUCAACAAGAUCAAUUUCCACCAACAGUGAUCACUACGCGAUCGUCCAUUCCCGCCCAGGCAGCAGGUACAGUCCAGGUCAGAAGAACGGCCAUCGAGGGCCUUCGUCCAACCUGGGAUCUCACUACUCCGGGAAGAUGUAGGACUCUGUGUGCUCAUGAACCUUGUGAUACUGUGUACAACCGCGAAACUAAACACCCAUAGACCGAGAACUGACCUAGUUUUAUACAGCUAACAAAUCCUAAACAGUCGAUUAUAAGAAGUCUGCAAUUUACAAUAGGAUUUGGGAGCUGUCCCAUUGUAAAAUAGCGUUCUUUAACAAAUUUAUAGCAUCACAUUCUUACUCCAAUGUAUUAUAUGUUGAACAUUAUCCUGUGUUAAUAAUGACUAGAGAUUUACUUCUUGAUUGUGUAAAAAUGUUACCUGUGUCAGCCUAACUGUCUUCCAUAUAGUAAUAUUUACUUUAAGUUUAGUUGUGUAUGGUUAGAAAAUCAUAGAUUUAGCGUGUAGUCCCUCUCUCCUAUAUGUCAAGCACAUAUUCCCAGAACCCAGAUAAUCUCAUCCACAUAGUCCUAUUAGUCACCAAAGACGGCUGCAGGGAGAUUAACUCUCGCGAAGCGAUGAUUUGACGCAGGUUCACAUCUCUCUUGAUUCUAUAAUGAUCUGAAUGGUAGCAAGAGGAAUAAAUUAAAGGUGCUAAUAUUCAUUUAGUAGAUGAAAAACUAAGUAUUAUGUGUUCUCAUUACUUAAAAUAAGAGUCUUCAACCUGAUGUGGACUAGUAAUCUUAAAUGUUACAGAGACAACAGUUUCUUGAUAAAAAUAUUGAAACCGGUUUUCAAUCAAUUUAAUUACUAUUUUACUUUAUUUGUCAUCCAUAUUGCAAGCAAAACAUAGUAACUUGAAUCAUCAAUCAAAAUCAACUGAUAUACUAAUUUUUAAGAAAAUUUGAGCUAAAUUUAGUACCACAAAAGUCAAAUUAAUAGACGAGAUGAAAGUUUACUGCAUCUAGGUAUACAAUGACGUUUACUCAUAGUUUGAAGAUACUGAAUAUGACAGAUUUAUAAACAUUAUAUAGUAGAGUUUUCCAUUAUAAAGUUAUUUUAUCAUAUUUUAUAACAAUGACAAUAAAAUAACAGAACUGUGAUUAUAUUUUUUCUUCCAGAAUGUUAUAGAUACAUUUUAAAUCAUUAUAAGAAAAAGUAAAAGAAUUUAACUAGCAAUGUUUGUUCCAACUAUGUAAAUAAUAAUCCCUUAGUUAUAAAACACUAACUAAUUUUGUAUAUACAUCAGUAAUAUUUUGACAAUUUUAAGUGUAUGAACUGUACACAAAAUUGUAUGUGCUACACACACACCAGUUUUUAUCACAAAUUGAACUUUUUAAUAUAAGUAUAAUACCUUAAUAUUAAUUUUUUAAGCAUAUGGUGCAAACAGAAAAAUGCCCAGAAAACUAAUUUUUAAAAAUACUGAAUAUGCCAUGUGUUUGUUUUUUACUUAGUACUUUUCUGAAAUGUACAUAUUUUUUCAUGUCUGUAUAUGUUAUUUGUUAAAAUGCCAUAAUACAAUUUUAAA